AGCGGAAAUAAGUAAAAUAAUAAUAAAUAACAUAAUAGGAGGAAAACAAGGCACAUAAGUCAAUCAUAAAUAAAUUAUUAAAAUAAUUAAGUGUGUCUUGUAAUGCGCCUUGGGGGCGGCUUACCAUACGACGGCGACCCCCCGACAAUGAGCGCAGCUGGAAAUGAUUAUGCAGAAUUAUGCGAUCUUGGACCCUCACGAUGGAGUUCGCGUGGCUAUUAUUAUGCACCUCCUGCACAUGCGACCGCCUUGCAUCCUAGUGCAGCGCCUGGCCUACAACAACCGCAAUCCUCAUCGAGCGUACCGACUGGCAGUUCAGCCGGCCUCAGUGCGCAUCCACUGCGCACACCAAGCAGUUACGAGGCGGAAGACGUUUCGUUUGGUAUGAUAAGUCCACCGCCGGGCGUGAUCGGUUCGUCGUCGGUUGGUCUUAGCGGUACAUACGGCAUUGGUUCGCGUAUCGGCAAUAGUACGAGUUCAUUGCGUGGCGGCCGUUCUGGUCUCUAUUACUCACCGCCCGGCACGUCGUAUACGAUUGUGGAACGGCCACAUUCGCCACACUACUAUUACAAUACGGCAGGCGCGCCAACCAAAGGUGGUUCUUUGCCGGGUCGCGGUUCGUCAUAUCUAUCAGCUUCAGCUACUAGCCACAUGGCGGCCACCGGUGGUGGGGGCACACUGCCCAAUUCAACGGCGACUAUGGGUGGGCGUGCACACAGCAGCAUGGGUAUGGCAAAUGGCAAUAAAAAGCGACCGAUCUCACCGGAGCAAGUGCUACGUAUGUUUGGUGCGACACAGUCGUCUUCAGUUCCUACAAGCAGCUACCACUACAGCAACGGCAUAAGAGAUCGUACCGGACGACGCAGUCCGGCGAGUAGUCCACCUUCGACCACGCAUCAGAUGUAUCGUGAGCGAGAUCGAGAUCGUAGUAUAACGAAUAUUCAUGAAUUAACCACACGUACCAUUAACAUGUCGCGCGAUCAACAGAUCGACCAUGGUUUUGGUAUUUGUGUCAAGGGAGGAAAAGACUCAGGAUUAGGCGUCUAUAUCUCACGCAUCGAAGAGAAUUCAGUGGCAGAGCGCGCCGGCCUGCGCCCCGGUGAUACAAUCCUAGAGGUGAAUGGUACGCCAUUCACUUCAAUAAAUCACGAGGAGGCGUUAAAAAGAUGUGUGCAGAUAUUGAAAUCAUCACGUCAAAUCAGUAUGACGGUACGUUCGCCACCGACGCUAAACUCCCACGCGCCAUUACAUGGCUUCGGUCCACCUUCAUCACGGGAUCCCAUGUAUGCAUCGAUGGCGCCACUACUACCACAAUCGGCGGCCGGCUUACCGCCCGGAGCGACGAUGAUUGGUGGGGGCGGUUUGCCAUUUCGUCAGACAUGUUCCUGGAUGGACCGACAUGGUCGUCCCGCAUCGCCACCCAUGGAGUAUGGCGGACGGCAUACUGAGCGUCGAGAAAGAAUACGACGCGUAGAGCUGCUCAUUGAACCGGGGCAAUCGUUGGGUCUGAUGAUACGCGGCGGCGUUGAGUAUGGCCUCGGCAUCUUCGUCACCGGCGUUGAUAAGGACAGUGUCGCUGACCGAGCUGGCCUCAUGGUCGGCGACGAGAUACUCGAGGUCAAUGGUCAGUCAUUUCUUGACGUGACCCACGAUGAAGCGGUCAGUCAGUUGAAAUACCAUAAACGUAUGUCGCUUGUGAUACGCGAUGUCGGUAAAGUGCCACACUCCUGUACAUCCAUUGAAAUGGAGCCUUGGGACGCGUAUAGUCCGACGGGGACGAGAGCACGUCGAAAAGGUCAAGUAACAGCAAUGGUCGAGGAGAAGGCACGCUCUCUUCUGCCACGACAUCAAUUUGCAAGUCUCUCGUACUAUAUCGCUGAAUAUGCUGCGAGAGCGAUGACCAUAGAUGCCUUUGUUGCCGUCUUAUUAGAAAUGUUAGACACAUACGAGAAACAUACGUUGGUGACGGAACUACGCGAACUCAUAUACCCAGAGGAUCGUGCGAGAUACGAUGAGCUUGUUUAUCGUAGAGAACGUGAUCCGUAUAGCGUGGAGAGGCACAGGCGUAAAGGGGAACCCGCACGUGAUUUACCGGAAUACGGCUGUGAUGACCAUAGGUCCCGUAGAGGCAGUGAAACUCAAAUACCACACUCGGAAUACGAACAAGAUGCGGAGCAGGAGUUGGCCACAAAACUUUCGAGAAGUUUCGAUAUGAAGGAGGAAGGAGGCACACUGCUGGGCGACAAGGGUGUACGCAGGCAUCAGUCCAUGCAACGCCUUUCAGCGGAGCAGAAUGGUUCAACGACUGAACAAACACAUGAACACAAUCCAAACGUCGUACCUGAUCAUAGAGGCAACUUACACAUUACUGUUAAGAAAACUAAACCAAUUUUAGGUAUUGCUAUCGAAGGUGGUGCUAACACAAAACACCCGCUUCCUAGGAUAAUAAAUAUCCAUGAAAAUGGUGCCGCAUAUGAAGCGGGCGGACUAGAAGUCGGGCAACUGAUACUGGAAGUGGACGGCAAUAAGGUGGAAGGCCUACAUCAUCAGGAGGUUGCUCGCCUAAUAGCCGAAUGCUUUUCGAAUCGUGAAAAGGCUGACAUAACCUUCUUAGUUGUCGAAGCGAAGAAGUCCAAUCUGGAACCAAAACCAACAGCGCUUAUCUUUUUAGAAGCCUAACAUUUGCUUGCCCUGCCGGCUAAUGACGACCCUCUGGAACGACAAAAACUCGAGUUCCUUUUCGAAUGGGGGAUCGAUUUAACGACAACGCCAAAACCAAUGCCAACACCAAUACCUUUAACAAAAGCUAAAAAUCCACCGCCACUGCCACUCAACAUUAAAUCCAUCAAUCCAUCUCAUCAUUCAACAUCGGCGACACAACGCACGACUAUGACGGCGCCGCAUCAGCAAUCGUCACAACAACACAGUGCCGCAGCAACAACAACUAGAACACAUACACCACACACGCCACAAACUACGCAGCCGUCAAUGGGGGCGACAGCAUCACAUGCGACGAGCGUCAAGUACACGAAAAGUCCAACACAACAGCAGCAGCAUCAGCAACAACACCAGCGUACAACGCCAACAUCGGCAGCGCAUGCGACCACAACAACACCUACAAAAAGUACACAUCAACAACAGCAACAACAAAGACUGACACCAGGCGAUCGCACGAGAGCGGCCAGCACAAAAACAACAACACCAACAGCAUCGGCGCCGACAUCUCGGGAGCACACACCAACACGCAGCACACAAUCACAAUUACAGUCACAGUCACAGUCACAGUCACAGUCACAAUCGCAAUUACAACAACAUCAACUUCAGCGUCAAUCAUCAACAAAACGUCACCAAACAUCACACACAACACAACAAAAAUCACAACAACAACAACAAUCGCACGAGCAGAGACGCGAUCUCGAUCGAAAAGACUCGCAACGCGAGCGUGAUCGCGCGAAAGAGCGUGAGCAUGAACGCCAGCGAGAGCGUGAAGAUAAUCGCGAGCGCGAUCGCGAUCGUGAUCGUGCACGUGAAAUGGAGCGCGAACGUGAGUAUGCUUACGAGCGAUCGCGUGAUUACCAAAGCGAGCGCGAGUAUGCACGCGAGCGUGAGUAUGCUGCACGAGAUCGUGAAUAUGAGCGUGAAUGCGAACGCGAACGGGAGCGUGAGAUGUCACGUGACGCACGCCAAUGCGACUAUGAACGUGAACGUGAUUACGCACGCGAACGUGACUAUGAGCGAGAACGCGACUCUGAGCAUGAACACCCACCGCCAUCAGCACACACACAACAUCAACACCAACAGCAACAACCACAUUACAAUAAAACAAAUUAUAAUUCCGUUUACCAGUAAAAAGAAUGCAACAAAAACAAAUACAAUACUAAAACCAAGUACGAAUUUGAGAAAUUUUUGCUAACGAAAUUUACCACCAACAACAAAAUCGAAUGCUUGAAAACUGAAAUAUCAAAUGCAGUAGCAACAACAACAACAAUAGCAACAUGGUACAAACAUAACAAAAUUAACAAAAUUUUAGAAAACGGUAAAAAAUAAUAGCAACUGCGUGAAAUAGGAAAAGGAAAUAAAUUUGAAUUGUGCAAACUUUGUAACUUCCCUGCAUAAAAUAAAUAUUUUGUAACUCCCUACUGCAAUAGGCCAACCCAACUCUAGCAACAACUCCUAUAGCAUCCCAACAAAUAAAACAAACUGCAUAGUGCCGCCGUUCGUUUCACUUCAAGUUUCCCAUUCCAAUGACGCGCUUUAAUUUUUAUGCCUAACGCUCUCAGAUAAUCGCUUCGAAAUUCUCUUUCAUAGAAAAAAAUAUACAAAAAAAUUAAAAAAAAAUGUUUUGUGUGCCCAAACGGUUAUAAUUUUUAGCUUUUGUACACUCGCUAAAUAUAUUCUUGUUUUCAUUUCUUUUUUUACAACACUAACAAGCCACACAAGAGAUACUCAUCAACGUGGACAUUCAUUUUAAAGAUUUUUUGUGCCUGAAGCCUUACAAUUGGAUGCUUAUAGUGUUUUAGUGCUAAUGCUUUAAAUGCUUCAAAUGCUUCAAAUCACGCACACGUUAACUGGGAUAGCUAUUUUUCAGAAGUUAUACCAAAAAAUUUCUUCUACAAAUUUUUUAUAGAUUAUAUGCCAUAAAAUACCAAUCGGGCUGAGGCUCUAUUUAUUUCGGAUUUUGAAAUGCUCACAAUCGACCGGUUUUAGAGCAGCCAAAGUUUUAAAAUUUUUUUUCUCAGUAUAAACCCAGCUCCGUGUGCCGCUUUGCUUUAUUGAAUAUAAAACUUUGGAAUAUAUUCGUAUCAAUGAAACACUGCCACGAACAAAACAAAACAGUUUACACUUUUACACGAUUGAGUAUCUCAAACAGACACGAAACUAACAAACGAACCCAACAAGCAUACUGAAACACUGAGGCAACUGAAACAAGAAAAACAAGCAUGUAAUCCAAAUACAAUAGAAAAAAUAUGCGAAAAAGUAAAAAAAAAUAUUAAAAAAAUAAAAAAUUACAAAAAAAUGCAUAACGUACACUAAAACAACAACAACCCUCAACCUGAAAACCCAAGUACUUCUCCACACUAUCUAAAUAAUAUCCCAAAUUUGUUAAACGAAGAAAUUAACCUUAUUUACUGUAGCGUAGGUGCUCUUCAUAUAUGCAACGCUAGACUCUACUAUCUAUGAAUGUACGCCAUAAGCUAAACUACUAUAUAUUACUUAUGUAUGCGUAAUUAUGUAAAACUAAAUUAUAUUCUAUGAUUAAUUAUAUUUAUAUACAUGUAUCAGUUAACUGUAGUUUGUACUUGUAUGUUAAAAAAGGGUAGAUUUGUGUGACUUAAACUGCACACUUCAACUCCUUGUACUUUGUGCUUCGUACUCUAUGUAUACUAACUUAGUUCGACACUUUGUAUUCUCAAUGAGUAAUCAAACAGAAAUACAAAGGAUAUGCUUUGCUGCGCAGUAAUUGCCUAAAGAGCGCUGAAAUAAUUUUCAAUUUUAUUCAAUGGUAAUUGAUUGCAUACUUAUUUAGUGUAGCAUACUUUUAGGCAUCAAGCUAUACUGGGCAGCAAUUGAAUCCGCUACUUGGCCUUGGUAACCAAAAAAAUGCCAGGCACAACUCAAACGCACUGCAAAUAAUCACAAAAUACAAUUAUACACCUCCCACACACACACACGCACCCACACAACCGUCUGCAGUGCUCAGCGAAGAAGAACAAACUUUUAUAUUGUCUGAUUACUUGUAUGUAUGUAUGUAGUUCGAAGUGAACACUAGCAGCUUUAUACAGGUGUGUAUGUUUUUGUACUUAAGUGAAAAUGUUUUGCGGGAUAAUUUGUGGAGAAGACGUCAAUGCAUAUAACGAAUAGUAGGAAUGAAACAAGGUAAAAAAGGUUGAAGAAAUGCAAACUGCACAGGUAUAUACAUAAAUAAAACGAAGAAGCAAAAAAAUAUCCCAAUGCUAAAGCAAAAUCAAACAAACAAAUAUUUAUUAAAAAACCCACCUAAAGACAUUACUUAAGUGAAGCUCAGAGACCGAGGAGGAAGGCAAUGUCGAUAAUAUGUAUGUAGUAGUAUAUAAACCACACACCCUAACCCCACUAAAGCAAAUAAAUAAUUAAGCGAACCACACACUCACAACCACACUCACAAAAACAAAAUAAGAAAAAUUACAAGUAAAAAAACCCUUAGAAAGCACCACCUUAACCCCUAUUAGUAUGUGAAGCAAAUAAUAGGACAAAUAUAUUAGUCUAAAAAUAGUUAUAGUAAAUGAAAAUAAUUAGCGCGAACGACUGCACGAAGAUACAAACGAACGAUAGGCAAGUAGAAACGCGGGAAAUGAAACAUUUCUGAGGGAUAUUCGGAAUUAAAAUAAUAAUAAUCGGCGCGUUGUAGCACAAAGUCAGAGUUACAAUUAGAAACCUCUACUUAAAUAAAUAGCAUAAAUACCAUAAAAAAUUCACAUACAAAUCUUAGUACAAUUACGCACUGCACUUUCAAGAAAAACGAAAAACAAGCAAAUUUCGCAAAAACGCAAAUAUUCGCUAACAGAGCAAUUUAGCAAAAAGCCAUAAGGAAGUAGUAACCAAUAUGUAUUUGCAAGUAUCUCUCACUUGGUAAACGAGUUAUAAACAUUAACUGAAAAACUAAAUUUAGAAACUCUAAAUACAUUAAUCAACAGCAAACAAAAAAAUUAUCGUACGUACAUCUUAAAAAACGCAUGCAAAACAUCAAAGCAGAAUAAAGGCAGAUAAAGCAGAGGAAAGCUGAAUAGCUGAAAGCUUAAAAAUAAAGCAAAAAAACAAAAAACACAAAGAAAAAGAAAAACAUGCAACAAAAUGAGGUUGAUUGGCAUUAGAAAAAGGUAACAACAAAAACAAAAACGUAAUCGUUAAAUAAGAGAAUUGCAAAAUAAACAGCCGUCAGGGCGCGAAACGUAACGCUCAACAGCAACAGCAAUAUUAAACACCAACAACAAGGUUAGUUGCAGCCGCAACUAAUUGUAAUGCAACCGCUUUGCUAAAUUAUGUAGGAAACAGAAUAAAAUUUGAAAACAAAGGUAGCACAAGUAAAAAUUCGAACUUGAAAAACUUUAGUGACAAAUGUAUUUCUUAGUUGAAAAAUCAGAAAAAAUUGAAAUGUAACGUAACGAAAAACUGGCAACAUUUUGCCACAUGUAAACAUUUUUUCCAAAUUUUAUGCGCUUUUAAUGUCACCGCAGACGUCAGCAUGCAAGUACACACGCACACACACGUGUGUCAUGCUCAUAUGUAUGUGUGCGCAAUGUUUGCGGUGACAAAAAACUCCCACAACCCCACCUCUCCUCUAAUCUUGUUAAAUACUACCAACUAAUCUUGAAAAUUUUGCUGUCCAUUUAUUUUACGUCUUGUAAAUAUUUUCGGCUUUUAGAGAUAUCGCAACAAAGUUAUCAGAAGAGGGGAAAUAGAUUUUUUAACAAUAGAAAAAUAGCAUUUCGGUAAAUAUUUCAAUAUUUCACAAUUUGGGAAAUCGAACAAAUCUAAACAAUCAAAGUAAAUGCGUUUUGGUUGAGUGUGUUUGUGAUGAAAUGCGAAGUGCUACAAAAGCAGCAAAUGUGGAAAAAUAAGUUUCUCAUAAUCCUAUCAACAAACUUUCCCUUAAUUGGGGUGGAAUUCCACUUUCUGCAUUAGAAAUAUUAGCCAUUAUUUUAACCUCAGAAUUAUCAAUGAAUUUAAAUCAAUUUGGUUUUAAUAUUUUAGUUAUUUAACUUGUUUUGGUAAUGGUAUGGAUAAUUCAGGUCGGCGUAACCGCAUGGGUUGAUGCGUGACUACCAUUCGGAAUUCGUAGUAUGCAGGUUCGAAUCUCCGUGCAUGAAACACCAAAAUGAUGGACAAAGUUUUUUGUAAUAGCGGUCGCCCCACGGCAGGCAAUGGCAAGCCUCCGAGUGAAAAAGCUGCUCUGCCAUGAAAAGCUUCUCAUAAAAAAUCAUUUGCCGUUCGGAGUUGGCUCAAAACUGUAAGUCCCUCCAUUUGUGGAACAACAUCAGGACGCACACAGCCUUGAUAUCGAUACUUUCACUUGUGUCUGACAUCGGCAAAUAUCGGUAAAAAGUGUCGCGCAUACUCAGUAAAGUUUUCAGCAAAUACAUAUUUCAAAUAAUACAUUUCAGAAAAAUUUUGUUUUUAAUUUCUAUUAUUAAACAUAAACUAAAUUUUUUAACUUUUGUUUGAAUUUCACAAAGAGUAUUGCACAAAACUUAACUUUUUUUACAUUUAAUUAUGUUAAUAUGUCAUAAGAAAAAAAUAUUUGAUUGCUUGGCUGUUUUAUUUUUGUGUGUAAUUAUAUUAUAUUUUGAGAAAAGUUUUUCACGCUGCAAGUGUAUUGGAGUAAAUUUUUGCGAAGUUUAUCCAAGCGGAAGAUAUUGGAGGUCUUUCAAAAUCUCCAUUUAUCGAAAUCAAAUUACGUACAAAGUGGCGAUUAUUGGACGAACGCCAGCGUAGAGCCCAAGUACAAUUUUGUAUGUAAAAUUGUAUUCGCAAAAUAGUUUUUGAUCUUUGAAGAAGAUAAAUCCAUAUCAAAUAUCUACAACAAGUUAAAUAACGAUACCUAAACCCAUCACUUUAACGUAAGCCCUAAAACUACCCAAAAAUCGGCAGUAUUUUAUGCUUAACUAAUUUCUUAAUUUCUUAACAUGAAAUACUUUUUCAUCGCGAUUUAGUAUUGUAAAUAGGAGACAUUGAAAUGGAAUCGCAUAUGUAAUGUAAGACCAACAUUUGUAUAGUACCUAAUCAUUGCGAAUUUUGUUUUAAUUUUUGGAAAAAAGUUUAAUAUUGAAAUUUUACAAACAAGAAAAUUCUAAAAGCAAGCAAGGAAAAGCAAAAGACAUGGAAAAGUAAGAUUGUUUUACCAAAGAAAAAAUUAUUUAGAUAAAAAAUGGUAUUAAGAAUAAUUUUGUUGACUAUUCAUACGGCUAAUUAUUAUUAUUAUGAAUUAUUGUCAUUGAAGUUAUUCUCUAUGAUAAUUAAGCUAAGUUAGUUAUGUAUGUACAUUUGAGGCAGAGGCAAGUGAGUGUCAGCAGAAAACUCUCUCAGUCAAAGGUUGAUAUUAAAUUUUUGAAAUUAUAAAAAUACCGAAAUUAGAAAGAAAGAAGGAAUAUUGAAAAUAGGUGAAGCUUUUGAAAAUUGCACAAAAAUUAUUAAUUAACUCGAAAUAGUCGAAUGGAAUUUAUGGUGAAGACACGAAUAGCACUGCUUAGAAUUUCGCAUGCGUGAGAGGUAAAUUUUAGCUUAUACACAUACAUAUAUCUUCUAUACAUACAUGCAUAUGUAAAAUAUUAUGCUAACGUAAAUAUAUAAUUAAAAAUAUGUAUACUUUAGAGUAAAAGCUACAAAUAUAAUAAAACACACAGGAAGCCAACGGUAAAAGAAAACCAAAUUGAGGAAAGCUAAGCUACUUAAAAAUUAGAUCAAAAAUAUAGCUAAGUAAAUACUAAACGGUAUACAGCAAAAACAAAGGAGUAUAACAGACGCGUAUACACACAAAUAUAUAUACAACUGGCUUAUAUUGAUAUGUAAAGGCGCGCUUGUAUUUGUAGUGGAGUACGGCAUGCAGAGCUCUUUAUAUGCUAGAACUGUACAUGUUUACUUAUACAUACAUACAUAUACAUAUGCAACAUCAGCACUAAGUAUGUAAUAAGCAAGCAAAUACAUACAUACAUAUGUAAAAUGGAAUGCAAUCGCUACAUCUAAAGAAUUUAUUCAAUUCUUAAAAAAAUAUAUAUGUAUAAGCAAUUCUCAACAAUUCUCAACGCAAAAACAAAGCAACAAAAAACAAAUUAAACUCUUUAUUGAUAAACGACAAAGAUACAUAUUUAAAUGGGCAAAUGCAUUUAUUCAUAACAAAAACAACCAAAGCAAAAGCAAAUAAUAAAAACAAACAAAAAUUCACAAAAUCGAAUUCGUAUAUACAUACAUAUACAUAUAUACUUAGUUGCAUGAAAAAAAAAAUAUUUAUAUAUGUAAGUAUAUGUAGACGCUAAAAGAUGCAUGCAUACAUUAAAUAUACAUAUGUACAUAAAUAGUAGAAAGAAAGCCUGGAGCAAUAACAAACUUAAUAUAUAAUAAAUAAAUAUAUUUAAUGUAAAAUAAAAUCAGCUGUAUAGUAAAGUAAAAAUGAUUGAAAACAGAAAUUUAACCCUUGCGAUGCUGUAGAUAUGUAUGUGUACUAAAGGCAACAAAAAAUACAGAUAUUAAAUAUUUUUGACUGCAAAUUAAUAAAAAAAAAUUUUUUUUUAAUAACUAUUUAAUUUUAGUAUUUUUAUUUUUAUUGGUUAUUUUGUUUUGAUAUGUGAAAUGUAGCUAAAUUUUUUGUAGCUUAAACUGAAAAUUAAUAACUUUUACUAGUUUAUCGCCUAUUGUCUUAAUGUAAUACUUAAAUUUUAUUUAUUUGGCUAAUUUUUGUUUUUUGUUGAAGUUGUGAAGCUUGAUAGAAAAAAACAUUUUUGCUGAAAAUAAAAAUGUUUCGGUUUUUAAUUUUUUUUUAAUUAAUAUUAAAUUUCUUUUAGCUGCAAAUUAUUAUUAGUCCUUUGUUACUUUUUUUCUAAUAUUCUUCUCCUUCUUAAUUGACGCGAUACCCGCUUCUCGCGCAUCGAAUACUUUCAGAACCGGAGCGUUUGCAUCCAUUCCGACGACAUGGCCCAUCCAACGUAGCCGCUGAAUCAUUAUUCGUUGUACUAUGUCUACGCAUCGUAAAGCUCAUACAGCUCAUCGUUCCAUCGCCUGCUAUACUCGCGGUUGCUAACGUGCAAAGGUCCAAAAAUCUUCCGCAGAAUCUUUCUCUCAAACACCCCAAGGGACGCCUCAUCGAAUGCUGUCAUCGUACAAGCCUCUGCGCCAUACGAUAAGACAGCCAUGACAAGAGCCUUAUAAAGUGUUAAUUUUGUUUCCCGGGAUUUUACUAAUCAAUUGCCUACUUAGCACUUGUUAUAUCGGCUUUAGUGCUGGUUUCUAAAUAAACGAAGCCUUUUACAACGUCAAAAUCAUAACUGUCUACAGUGACGUGGGUGCCGCGAUACGCGAGUGCACCGACUGUUUAUUUGAUGACAGGAGGUACUUCGUUUUGUCCUCGUUCACCACCAGACCCAUUCGCUUUGCUUCUUUAUUAAUUUUGGAAAAGACAGAACGAACAGCGAGGUUUUUAAGGCCGAUGAUACAUUAUUAUUAUUUUCUAAUAUUAUUUUAGCGCUUUUUUAAAGUAUUAAUACUUUUAUUUUAAUUUUUGCUUGCAAGAAAAUUUAAUUUAAUUUCAAAUAAAUUACUCGUGCCUUGCUUUAGUUUCGAAUUGACAAACUUUUCUCUGUCAAUAUAUUUAUUCAUUUAUUCUCAUGAUUAAUUUAUAAUUUAAAUUACAAGCUAAUGUGCUCAAAGGAGCAAUGGCAAUGCAGGGUUUCAAGGGUGUUUCCAAGCUGUCCCCCAUCCAAGUACUAACCGCGCUCUACGCUGCUUAAUUUCGAUGAUCGGAUGAGAACCGAAGUUUUCAGCGUCGUAUGAUCGGCGUCACUCUUUGAUAAUUUAUCGUUUCGCUUAGUAAAGCAAACUCUGUAGACGAGAUGAGAAAACGGCCCAAGUCAUGUCAGAGAUCAGUGAAAGGUAGUGCGCAUGGAAACGAGAGACUUGGAACACAAAGCUAUUAUGUUUUUGAAGCGCUUGAAUCAUAAAAGAGGAAAAGCCAAGAAUGAGCCACGAGCCAUAAGAUGAAGCUUUUCAGGAAAAUCAAGACUCGAAGCAAAUUUACAGAAAAGGCGGUUUGAUGACAAAAAUUGAACAAGUGAAGUGAAAAUGAAUUUCAAGGAACCUUAUAUUUUUUUUCUGCUCUCAGAUAAAUGUAAUACAUUUUUUUUAUUCAAGUUAAAUUUUGUUUUGAAAUUAUAACUAACUCAGCAGCUUAACCAAAAUUAUUUAAGCUAUUAAUUUGCAGUUAUGUAAACUAUAAACAAAAGAUAUUAUAAUAUACACAUAAAUAUAAAUAUUAGUAAAUAUAUAUAAAUAUAAAUAUGUAAUAAAUGCGGAAAGUAUAUAUUAUAAAAAGCAUAUGUAAGAGUAACUAAAUAUUUAAAAAUCUCAAAAAUUAAAAAUUAUAUAAAAAAUUAAUUAAUUUCGUAAAAACUGUAUUUAAAAGUUAAAAUUAAAAUUAAACUAAAUUAAAUCAUUGCUGAUAUUAUAUUUACUAAUUAAAUAGGAAAAUGUAUUAGAAGUGGCAAAACGUACAUAUAUAAAUAGCAAAAAGCAUUAAAAUAGCAAUGAAGUAAACUUAAAACUAAUGACACAAAAAACAAAAAUAAUAUAAAACUGAACAUACACAUAUAUACAUAUACAUAUAAAGUGCUGAUUUACUAUUACCGAAUUAUAUUAUAAAGAUAAUAACUAUAAUUGAUAUUACAAUUAUUUUAUUUAAUAUUUAAUUCAAACCAGAUAUCCGGAACAAUGCAAGCAAAUAACAAAAAUUACGAUUAAUCACAUUGUCCUUGGUAUUUACAUACAUUCAUAAGUUCAACAGAAAAAAUACAACUAGAAAAAUAAAAAUAAAAGCAAAUACCGCAAAAUAUAAACAAGCAAAAUAAGAAAGAGAAAGAAAAUGAGAAAGCAAAGAUAUUAUUCUUAACAAAUUAAAAAGGGAAAAAUUAAUAAAU